CCAUCUUGGCGGCCAUCUCGGCGGCCAUCUCGGCAGCCAUCUUGGCAGCCAUCUUGGCGGCCAUCUCGGCGGCCAUCUCGGCGGCCAUCUCGGCGGCCAUCUUGGCAGCCCCGUGUGUGGGCCCCGGGGGCAGGUUCAAGCUGAACGUGUGGGACGUGGGGGGGCAGCGCUCGCUGCGCUCCUAUUGGCGGAACUACUUCGAGAGCACGGACGGCCUGCUCUGGGUGGUGGACAGCGGCGACCGGCAGCGCCUCCAGCUGGCAGCCACCGAGCUGCACGGCCUGCUCAGGGAGGAGCGCCUGGCCGGUGCCACCCUGCUGGUGUUCGCCAACAAGCAGGACCUGCCCGGGGCCCUCUCUGCCGGGGACAUCCGAGAGGCCCUGGCGCUGGACGCCAUCCGCAGCCACCCCUGGUGCAUCCAGGGCUGCUCUGCCGUCAGCGGCCACAACCUGCUGGGGGGCAUCGACUGGCUGCUGGAUGACAUCAGCAGCAGGCUCUGCCCCCCCGACUGAC